AUGACGAAUCAAAGUAUACCAGAAAAAGAAAGACAGCAAAAGGUUGAAGAAUUCUUUAAUGAAAACACUUGGAGAGUAGAGGCAACUUUUCCAUGUAUAACUGAGACGCAUUAUCAUCCAAAUGUUCAUGAAGCAUAUGCGGUAAUCCAAGGCUCGUCUACGUUGAUACUUGGGUUGGAUGUGAGAAACAUUCCUUCUAAAAUGACUUCUGAUCAGCUUGAAGAAAUUGAGAAGAAGACUGAGAUUCAAGUCAAGCUUGGUGACGUUAUCGUAAUACCGGCAGGAGUAUCUCACUGUUCCAAAAACUAUACAAAGAAUUAUCGAUACGUUGCAGCUUAUCCAACUAACGGUGAAAAGUAUAAAUCUGUUGGGAAGGGACAAGUUGAAAGAAAUGAAGGGAAAUAUGAUAACCACGAUGAUAUAGAGCAAUCAAUAAAAGCCGCUUUCCCCUUAGGAGAUCCAGUUUGCGGAAAGGGUCCUGGACAAAUUAAAGCCAACUACAAUGAUCUAACGUGA